AUGUCGUCGCCACCACGCGAUAUACCCUCCUCUGACCUCGAAGAUGUCGAAAUGCAAGUCGAUGGAGACAGCGUAGAGCAAUCAAUGCCCAACGCCCCUCCGCGAGGCCCACUGUUCCUCGAAGGCACCCCUUCAGCCGCAGGUACCCCACAGCAUAGCACAGUAGCGAGAAGGGCGUUGGGGAUGAGUACUCCUAGGAGACAGCAGACACCUCUCUUUGCUCCCGGCACCUCGUCGCCCCUACCCUUCCCCAGCUCUUCUCCGACAAAGAGGACUCCUGUACGCGUCAGAAGGCUAGACUCAGACCUUCCUGGCUCCCAAGGCUCCGAACCACUUGCAUUUCCCUCAAGCCCAGCCCAAGAUCAUACACCGAAAACCCCACCAAAGAACCGUCGAGGCGACAUACAUUCAUCCAUCAGUUUCACCCCAACAUCCUCCCGUUCCCGCACAAGACGCAAGGAAGGCCCGUCUGACGACCUGCAUUCGGACGCCUCACACCUCUCCCUUCCAGCCUCUUCCACUUUCAAUCUCUCCGUCCCUAUUGUACCCUCUGAGGAUGACGACGACACAGGCGCGGUCAAGGCGAUCUGGGGCACGAACGUCUCGGUGCAAGAGACCAUGCGUACGUUCCGCGAGUUUAUGCGCGGCUUCAAGAUCAAGUACCGUAUCGCCCACGACCGCGAGCGCGGUAUCCGGACGCGUGUCCUCUCGUCUCCCGAGGAAGGCGAGGUGCUUCUGUACGAGUCAUACAUUCGUCGUAUGCGACAGACGGGCGAGAGGAAUUUGAACCUCGACAUCCACAACCUCGCCGCGUACCCUCCAAGCAAGAAGCUUCAGAACCAUUUGAUCAAAUUCCCUCAGGAGGUCAUCCCCAUAAUGGACCAGGUCCUCAAGGACAUCAUGCUGGAGAUCGCUGAAGAGGACCAGCAAGCAGGGGUAGAAGACAUGCGCGGUGGACGCGGAGAGGCCGAAAUCAAGACGAUCAUGGAAACUGUCUACAAAGUGCGGCCGUUCGGCGUCCCGUCUGUCAACAUGCGCGACCUGAACCCCUCUGACACCGACAAACUCGUGUGCAUCAAAGGCCUCGUCAUCCGCGCGACUCCUGUCAUCCCGGACAUGAAAGUCGCCUUCUUCCGCUGCCUGACCUGCAACCACACAGUCCAGGUCGAGAUCGAGCGCGGCAAGAUCGACGAGCCCGCGCGCUGCCCGCGCGACGUCUGCGGCACGCCCGGCUCCAUGUCCCUCGUCCAUAAUCGCUGCGAGUUCGCCGACCGCCAGGUGAUCCGCCUCCAGGAGACCCCCGACGCGGUGCCGGACGGGCAGACGCCGCACACGGUCUCGCUGAGCGUGUACGACGAGCUCGUGGACGUGACGAAGCCCGGCGACCGGCUCGUCGUCACGGGCAUCUUCCGCUCCAUGGCGGUGCGCGUGAACCCGCGCCAGCGUACGCUCAAGAGCCUCUUCAGGACGUUCAUCGAUGUCGUGCACGUCAAGCUUGGGCUCGACGACCGGCUCGGGUUCGACAGGAGCACGCGCCCCGCGGGGGGCGACCGUAUCCCUGGGGUCGGCGGCGUGGGCGGUGGCGCAGACGUCGACGACGAAGAGGAGAAUCCGGUGGAGAGGCAGCGGCGGACGACGAAGCGCGAGGAGCUCGAGGCGAAGCUGCGCGAGCUGAGCCAGCGGCCGGACAUAUAUGAGUUGCUCGCGCGGUCGCUCGCCCCGAGCAUUUAUGCGAUGGAGGACGUGAAGAAGGGGAUACUGUUGCAGCUGUUUGGGGGGACGAACAAGAGCGUGGCCAGGGGCGGCGGCGGAGGCGGGCCGAGGUACCGGGGGGAUAUCAACGUGCUACUUGUGGGUGACCCUGGUGUGAGUAAGUCGCAGAUUCUGCAGUACGUGCAUAAGAUCGCUCCCCGAGGCGUGUUCACGUCUGGCAAGGGCUCGUCUGCAGUGGGUCUAACGGCGUAUGUCACUCGCGAUCCGGAUUCGAAACAACUGGUACUCGAGAGCGGUGCCCUUGUUUUGAGUGAUGGUGGUGUCUGCUGUAUCGAUGAGUUUGACAAGAUGUCCGACGCGACUCGUAGCGUCUUGCACGAAGUUAUGGAACAACAAACGGUGUCCAUCGCCAAGGCGGGAAUCAUCACGACGCUGAACGCUCGUACUUCCAUCCUCGCAGCGGCAAACCCCAUUGGCUCAAAAUACAACCCGAACCAAACGGUGACGCAAAACAUCGACCUCCCACCAACGCUCAUAUCCCGUUUCGACCUGCUCUACCUCGUGCUGGACCACGCAGACGAGGCGCUCGAUCGCAAGCUCGCUCAGCAUCUCGUCGCAUUGUAUCUCGAGGAUGCCCCCAUGACCGGUGGCGGUGAAGACAUUUUGCCUCUCGAAGAGCUCUCCGCCUAUAUCACCUACGCUCGUUCCCGCCUCAACCCCGUCAUUACCGAAGCAGCGGGCGACGAGCUCGUCCGGUGCUACGUGACGCUCCGCAAGGCGGGCGAGGACCCUCGCUCGAACGAGAAGCGCAUCACAGCGACGACGCGGCAGCUCGAGAGCAUGAUCCGCCUCUCGGAGGCGCACGCGCGUAUGCGCCUCUCCACAUUCGUCGAGCUCGCCGACGUCAAGGAGGCGUUCCGCCUCAUGCGCGAGGCGAUCAACACCUCCGCGCGCGACCCGACCACGGGCGAGAUCGACAUGGGCCUGCUCGAUACCGGCAUCGGGAGGCAGCAGCGGAAACUGCGCGGGGACAUGCGCAGGGCGGUGCUUGCGCUCCUGGACGGGGCCGGGGCUGGCGUUGGGGGCACCAGGGGCCUGCGGUGGGCGGACGCGAUAGGGCAGUUGGAGGCGCAGAGCAGUGUGAAGGUGAACGCUGCGGAGUUCCAGGAGGUGAUUAGGGAGUUGGAGCAAGAGGGGCUGGUGAAAGUCACGGGUGAGAGGGAUCGGAGGAUGAUCAAGAGAGUCGAAGGCGCAUGAGGAAGAGUAGAGGGCCCUUUUGACAAGGUUUUUUUCUCCGCUGCGUUGUGUGCUUUCAUUGUACUAUGGGCUUUGCAGACUGCUGGUGCUAUCGACAUGUUGUUCUCGCCCUUGUGCGAGUGGAAGUCAUCGUCGUGCACACCGUUCGUAAACCUCCG